AUAUACUGGUAAGAUUUAAUUAAAGAGAUACUAUAGAAUAAAUUAUUGAAGCUCUACUUCGUAUUAAAACUUUCAAAUUUUUCAAAAAAAAAUUAUUUUUCUUUAAUCCCUAAUUUAUCUUUCAUGUAAAUAUAGCAUAACCUACCUCACCUUCACAGAAAAUCUUGUCAAAAAUUCUUACACUCACCUCCCAACCCCAAUAAAUCCUACAUAUUUUACCCAAUUUCAACACACCAUAAAAUAACCCCCAAAGUCAACCCAAAACCACCCUCUGCCGCUCCUUACCCAUACUUCCCUCUCCUUCCCACUCACAAUCCCAGUAACCCCAGAUUCCUUCCACGUCACAUAAAAACUUAAACUGAAGACCAAACUUGAAAUUUCAGUUAUGAACAACUGGAAGUUUAUAGAGGAAGUAGCGCAUGAAAGGGAAUUUGAACAAUCAGGAGGGAAAUAAGCAACGAACAGGGAAGAUUAAAGGGGUAGGGAAGGGAUUAAGGCGCUGAGUUGGGGCUGUGGGUGUGUUUAUUAAUACAGAUUAUUAACUGAAAAUGCGAUGUUAUUAGCUCUAAAUUAAGAGGAUCAGGCUUGAUGAAUUACUCAG